AGAAACCAACGAAGAAAACAUUCUCCGGAACCGGAAACUGACUUUUUGGUGAGCACGAGGCACGUCCGGCCUUUCCGACAGGACGACGAGAGGCGACAUGGCCAAGAUUAAGGCGAGAGACUUGCGAGGCAAAAAGAAAGAGGAGCUGCUGAAGCAACUCGACGAUUUAAAAAACGAGCUUUCCCAACUUCGUGUGGCCAAGGUAACUGGCGGAGCGGCUUCCAAACUGUCCAAAAUCCGUGUUGUCCGCAAAUCCAUUGCCAGAGUCCUGACUGUCAUCAAUCAGACUCAAAAAGAAAACUUGAGAAAGUUCUACAAGGGCAAAAAAUACAAGCCCUUGGACCUGAGGCCCAAGAAGACAAGAGCUAUGCGGCGCCGCCUCAACAAACAUGAGGAGAAUCUGCGCACAAAGAAGCAGCAGAGAAAAGAUCUCCUUUACUCCGUCAGAAAAUUUGCUCUCAAAGCUUGAAGCUUUUUUUCUUUGAAAUAAUAAAAUCUUAAAUUGGCCAAGUGCGAAA